AUGACGAUGCUGCUGUUGCUGCUGCUGUUGUUGCUGCUGCUGUUGCUGCUGUUGAUGCUGCUGCUGAUGCUGAUGAUGAUGACAAUGAUGAUAAUGAUGCUGAUGAUGAUGACGAUUACCACCACCACUACCACCAUCGUCGUCGUAAUGAAAAUAAACAUCUUCAUCGUCUUCAUCAUCUUCACCGCUGUAGAUCAGGGAUGGGCAAAGGGGUCGUCAGCCGGACAUUAUGACCAAAAAAAGAAGCCACAAAUCUUAAAAAUUCUCCCCCGGGUCGAAAAAAUUGACUAUUCAAGUACAUAUGCGGCUCUUUAA